UGAAUGCGUAUUCAGAAAAUCUUCAUAUGGUGGAUUAGAUAAAAAGCAAAACAGAAGACAUGCUACUUUGUUUGCAUAUAUGAUAUCAUGAUCGAGAACACAUGUGUGGACAACUGGGAGCAUGCAAUACAUGUAAAUAACAAACCACAACAGUUUAAGCAGCAAAUAAUCACAGGACAGAGAGUGUUAUACAGACCUAUAUAAACUUAUUUCACAUACUAGGUUGAACUUCAGACACUAAAUUCUCCAAGACUGUUGUCGUCCUGAAAAGUGGGCUGACCUGUUUGUGUCCAGAAAUAUGUUUUUUUUCUUCUUCUGCUAGAAUCGAGGUUUCUUGGAAUGUGACAGCGUGGAGAGCAAACCAAACGGCAUUCAUGAAUCAACACAUAGAUAAUAAGCUUUGAAAUCUUGUUUGUUAAUAACAAAGGCUCAGAUAUAGGCCAACUGUCUGGAGUGUGAGACUGAUCCAAGGACACUGACACACCAGCAGUGCAGAUACAAUAGAGCUCUAUGCCAGCAAUUAUGACAAUGUUAGCAGACCAUGCAGCACAGCAGCUGCUGGACUUCAACCAGAAACUGGAUAUCAACCUGCUGGAUAAUGUGGUGAACUGUCUAUAUCAUGGGGUGGGCCCACAGCAAAGAAUGGCACAAGAAGUGUUGACACACUUAAAAGAGCACCCAGAUGCCUGGACGAGAGUGGACACCAUCCUCGAGUUCUCCCAGAACAUGAACACCAAAUACUAUGCUCUUCAGAUUCUGGAAACGGUUAUCAAAACAAGAUGGAAGAUUCUUCCCAGGAAUCAGUGUGAAGGCAUAAAAAAGUAUGUUGUUGGUCUGAUUAUCAAGACUUCAUCAGAUGCAUCAAAUGUGGAGAAAGAAAAGGUGUACAUUGGGAAGCUGAACAUGAUCCUUGUUCAGAUCCUGAAGCAGGAGUGGCCCAAGCACUGGCCCACAUUCAUCAGUGACAUUGUUGGAGCAAGUCGUACCAGCGAGAGCCUUUGUCAGAACAACAUGGUCAUUCUCAAGCUCCUCAGUGAGGAGGUCUUUGACUUCUCCAGUGGCCAGAUGACCCAGGUCAAAGCCAAGCACCUAAAAGACAGCAUGUGCAAUGAAUUCUCUCAGAUAUUCCAGCUCUGCCAGUUUGUUAUGGAAAAUUCCCAGAACGCCCCCCUGGUCCACGCCACUCUGGAAACCCUCCUUCGUUUUCUCAACUGGAUUCCUCUGGGGUACAUCUUUGAAACCAAACUGAUCAGCACGUUGGUGUAUAAGUUCUUGAACGUGCCCAUGUUCCGCAAUGUGACACUGAAGUGCCUCACAGAGAUUGCCGGUGUGAGCGUCAGCCAGUAUGAGGAGCAGUUUGUCACACUCUUCACCCUGACCAUGUGUCAACUCAAACAAAUGCUGCCUCUGAACACCAACAUUCGGCUGGCCUACGCCAACGGGAAAGAUGACGAGCAGAACUUCAUCCAGAACCUCAGUCUGUUCCUCUGUACUUUCCUCAAAGAGCACGGGCAGCUCAUUGAGAAGCGGCUCAACCUCAGAGAGACAUUAAUGGAGGCCCUCCACUACAUGCUGCUGGUGUCAGAGGUGGAAGAGACUGAGAUCUUCAAAAUUUGUCUUGAGUAUUGGAACCACUUGGCUGCUGAACUGUACAGAGAGAGUCCCUUUUCCACGUCCACGUCCCCCCUGCUCUCUGGCAACCAGCACUUCGACGUGCCACCACGCAGACAGCUCUACCUACCUGUACUUUCCAAGGUGCGUCUGCUGAUGGUAAGUCGGAUGGCCAAACCAGAGGAAGUGUUGGUGGUGGAGAAUGACCAGGGAGAGGUGGUCAGAGAGUUCAUGAAGGACACCGAUUCCAUCAACCUCUACAAGAACAUGAGGGAAACCCUUGUGUACCUGACUCACCUGGACUACGCAGACACAGAACGCAUAAUGACAGAGAAGCUCCACAACCAGGUGAACGGCACUGAGUGGUCCUGGAAGAACCUCAACACAUUAUGCUGGGCCAUCGGAUCCAUCAGCGGGGCUAUGCACGAGGAGGACGAGAAGAGGUUCCUGGUCACCGUCAUCAAGGAUCUGCUGGGUCUGUGCGAGCAGAAGAGAGGAAAAGACAACAAGGCCAUCAUAGCCUCCAACAUCAUGUACAUUGUUGGCCAGUAUCCACGCUUUCUCCGAGCCCACUGGAAGUUCCUCAAAACUGUGGUCAACAAACUCUUUGAGUUCAUGCACGAGACCCAUGACGGUGUUCAGGACAUGGCCUGUGACACGUUCAUCAAGAUCGCCCAAAAGUGCCGGCGCCACUUUAUCCAGGUGCAGGUGGGAGAGGUGAUGCCAUUCAUCGACGAGAUCCUCAACAACAUCAACACCAUCAUCUGUGACCUUCAACCCCAGCAGGUGCACACAUUCUAUGAAGCAGUAGGUUAUAUGAUUGGAGCCCAGACAGAUCAGGCUGUUCAAGAGCACCUGAUAGAAAAAUACAUGCUGCUGCCCAAUCAAGUGUGGGACAGCAUCAUCCAGCAGGCUACCAAGAAUGUGGACAUCUUGAAGGACCCAGAGACCGUGAAACAGCUUGGCAGCAUCCUGAAGACUAACGUCAGAGCCUGUAAGGCUGUAGGACACCCUUUUGUCAUCCAGCUGGGACGGAUUUACCUUGACAUGCUCAACGUCUACAAGUGCCUCAGCGAGAACAUCUCUGCUGCCAUUCAGACAAAUGGUGAGAUGGUGACGAAACAGCCCUUGAUCCGGAGUAUGAGAACAGUGAAACGAGAGACACUGAAACUGAUCUCAGGCUGGGUCAGCCGAUCAAACGACCCACAGAUGGUUGGGGAAAACUUUGUUCCGCCGCUGCUGGACGCCGUCCUCAUCGACUAUCAACGCAAUGUUCCCGCUGCCCGUGAGCCUGAGGUCCUUAGCACCAUGGCAACCAUUGUCAACAAGUUAGGGGGGCACAUCACCAGUGAGAUACCCCAGAUCUUUGAUGCUGUCUUUGAGUGCACCCUAAACAUGAUCAACAAGAACUUUGAGGAGUUUCCAGAGCACAGGACCCACUUCUUCUACUUACUCCAAGCUGUAAACUCUCACUGCUUCCCUGCAUUCCUCGCCAUCCCCCCCGCCCAGUUCAAACUGGUGCUGGACUCCAUCAUCUGGGCCUUCAAACACACCAUGAGGAAUGUGGCUGAUACUGGUCUACAGAUUCUGUACACACUGCUGCAGAAUGUGGCGCAGGAGGAAGCAGCCGCUCAGAGUUUCUACCAGACGUAUUUCUGUGAUAUCCUACAACACAUCUUCUCUGUAGUCACUGACACAUCACAUACUGCUGGCCUAACGAUGCAUGCGUCCAUCCUGGCCUAUAUGUUCAACCUGGUGGAGGAGGGGAAGAUCACUACAGUGCUAAACCCUGCCAGCCCCACCAACAACCAGGGCUUCAUCCAGGAAUACGUGGCCAACCUGCUCAAGACUGCCUUCCCCCACCUACAAGAUGCUCAGGUGAAGGUGUUUGUGACCGGGCUGUUCAGCUUAAACCAGGAUAUUCCUGCCUUCAAGGAGCACCUUAGGGACUUCCUUGUCCAGAUAAAGGAGUUUGCAGGGGAGGACACCACAGAUCUGUUCCUGGAGGAGAGGGAGGCAUCACUUCGUCAGGCCCAGGAGGAGAAACACAAGAUCCAGAUGUCAGUCCCGGGCAUCCUCAACCCUCACGAGAUCCCCGAAGAGAUGUGUGACUGAGCAGCAGCUCCACCAAACUGUACAGUACUCCAAACAAACAAACCAACAAAUAAACCCUAACCACAGCAAACACAACAAAACCCCAGAGAGGCACUUGAGUGUGGUGGGAGGCCACUCACCCUCUGCAGAGCGGGCCGUCCCAUUGGAUGUUUGUUGACCAAAACAAUGCCAACAAUAUGUAAAUGAUUACCGCGUCACCCUGUGGCCCUUUUUACAUAAUCUGCGUUUUCUAUGGAGACUUUUUGUGUAAUAUCUUUCCAGAACUGUUAAUCUAAGCUUAUGUUUUGUUGGUCUCUGGCCCAUCCCAAGACCUGCAUGAUGACGUUGUAACGAUUAGACAACUUAACCAUCUUGUUUUUGUUCUGUUCCCUCCAUCUCCCAUGUUCUCUUUUUCCCAGUUCUUCCCCAUAUAUUUGUUUAUAUAUAAAUAUAUUAUAUAUACAGUCUGAGCAGGGUUUUUGUGAAAAAACGGCAUAUGUGUCAAGUCGGCAUAGAGGCUUCUAGACCUGUGGUGUGACGGACAGGAAGUGGUCUUUUAGUGGCGCAUGCACCGCUUGUUUGGUGCCCCACGGCAUUGUGGGAGAAUGUGAAUCUAAUGGAUAAUGAAUGAAGGCCGAGAGAUGCUGCAUCAUGUAUCGGCAUCUGUUGCUCAUGAGUUGUGCUUCACCUAAAAAAAAGUGUGUGGAGGUUUUUUUUUAGGAAAAGCAAAACCGAAUAUGUGCAUAUCAUCCCAAUUGUAUAGCAUCUUUAAUACCAUGGGAACAUUUUUUUUCCUUUUAUUCUAUUGUUUCUUUUUGUUGUGGGUGUGUGCGCGUGUGUGCUGUCGCCUAGUCGACAUCAGCGUUUUGUUUUCCUCUAAGAGGAUUGUUGCUCAUUUGUGAGCCUUCAUUAUGGGAUGUUUUAAGGAAGUGGCGGAGGUAUUUAUGGGUUCUUAGUUGGUUGCAUCUUUAUAACAACUCCUGUUUAACUCAGAUGGCUUUCCAGAUUUUGAAUUGUACUAAUUUAGAUUGUUUACCAUGCAGUAGUGCUUCAAGUCACUACCUUUAGAGCAAAAUGAAAAAUAAAACUGGGUUUACAUUUAAUUUUGUAUUUUUUUUUUUUUGCAUUUUUCAGUUGUACCUGUUUGAGUUCUGUGCAAAUAAACAAAAGGCUUUUUGUCUGGAGAGCAAAUGAAUUGCCAACGAGUUUAAUUAGGAAAAGAAUGUAUAAAUCCAAAUAAGUACCCAAUCUCUAAUGGCAAAUUUCCCUUCUCAAGGUGUUACAUUUGUUGUGAACUUUUUGAACUGAUUAAAGUUGAGAAUUUUAUAA